UAUCUGGAUCUUCAUUCACCAUCGUCAUACCCAAAAUCGGAAUCAAUACAUUUUGAUCAUAUACGAUAUUUGAGAUGUGUGUCCAUAGCUGCGUUGUUGGAGCCUCGAAUCUGCUGGUGUUUAUAUCCAGAGGGCAAUUCUUGAAUCGGAGAAGAGAGUCAAUGGAGUUUUACACGUACCCAUCUUCGUCUUCAGCUCUCUCUUCGUUUUCAUUUGACAAUCUAGUUGCAAAGGCCAAACGAUUCUUCACAUUUGCCGUGUCUUCUUUCAUCGGCAAUGUCUUCUCUGCCAUCUUUACCUUUUUCUUCGCUCUAGUGGGUACCUUAUUAGGAGCAAUGACUGGAGCUUUAAUUGGCCAAGAGACAGAGAGUGGGUUUAUAAGAGGUGCAGCCGUAGGUGCUAUCUCUGGAGCUGUUUUUUCUCUUGAAGUCUUUGAGUCAUCUCUGCUGUUGUGGCAGUCUGAUGAAUCCGGGAUUGGGUGUCUCCUAUACUUGAUUGAUGUGAUUGCAAGCCUUUUGAGUGGUAGGCUUGUUCGUGAGCGUAUUGGUCCGGCAAUGCUGAGUGCAGUCCAAAGUCAGAUGGGAGCCAUUGAAGCUGCAUACGACGAAGCAUCCAACAUUUUUUACCUAGGUGGUUCAAAGGGCUUACCCGGAGAUUCCGUUGAAAGGAUUCCAAAAAUAGUAAUAACUUGUGAUAACAAUAUUGAUGCUUCCGGGGAGAGAGUCUCGUGUUCAGUAUGUCUACAGGACUUUCAGCUCGGUGAGACCAUCAGAAGUUUGCCGCAGUGCCAUCACAUGUUUCACCUAUCAUGCAUUGAUACAUGGCUGUUGAGGCACGGCUCUUGUCCCUUAUGCCGAAGGGAUAUGUAGGCCCGUGCAUGAUGCACAAUCUCUGUAAAUCACAGUAUAUAGCAAGUUUCUCAACUACUGUUGCCAAACUCUUGAGUCUGUGAGCCUUUUUGGAUGUCAUUGUGCUUGACCACAUCUGCCCUGCAAAAAAAAAAAAGAAAAAAAAAGAAAAAGAGAAAAGGUUCAUAGGAUAUAUAUACCACGGAGUAAAAUACUCCCUCCGUUCUCAAAAACACUUCCUCUUUCAUUUUUUCUACUUCCAACAAAACACUUCAUCUUUUUAUUAAAAAACCACUUUUACCUUUACUUUUUCAUACCAUACCUAUCACAUCAUACUUUUUCUCUAAUAAUCUAUCCAUCACAUCUUACUUUUACCCAUCACAUCAGGGGCAAAAUUGAAAAUCAACUAUAAUUUAACACUUCCUUAUUUUUGCCCCCAAAUCAAAUGGGAAGGGUUUUUCCAAACGGAGGGAGUACUUUUCUAAUGUAUGUGUUUCAUACCUUCGUUUUUUUUUUGAGAAAUGAAAGCACUUGCAUUCAUUGGUACGGAGUAUUAAUUGUG